GCAGCCGCCCCUGGGCCGCCGCUGAGCGGAGCCCGCCCUGCGCCUUGCCCGCCGGAGGCGGCCCCGGCGCCCUCCCGCUCGCAAACUUUGCAAAGUCUGGCAGCUCCCCGUGGCCGGCCCGGCUUGCGGCGGCCGCGGCAGCCGAAGCAGCAGGAGGCGGAGGCGGGGUGCGGGCCAGCCGCCGCCGCAACAUCAAAGCGCCUCGAUUCCUGCUGCCGUGGGAGCCAUGCGCCGCCGUCUGUAAUGUCAGCGGAACAGGAGAAGGAUCCCAUCGCGCUGAAGAGAUCCCGAGGUGGUGACAGUGGAUUGGAUGGGUUAGGAGGACCAGGAGUACAACUUGGAAGCCCAGAUAAGAAAAAGCGCAAGUCAAAUACACAGGGAUCUUCCUUUCCUCCUCCAUCUGAAUAUGCUCCACCGCCGAAUCCAAGCUCAGACCACCUUGUAGCGGCUAAUCCAUUUGAUGAUAACUAUAAUACUGUCUCCUAUAAACCUCUACCUUCAGGAAGUCCUUAUUUUAACCAUCCUGGUUACCCUGGUUUUGGAGGUUAUAACACUUUCAGAAUGCCACCUCACAUGCUGCCCAGAAUGUCCUCACCUUAUGGUGGUUCUUACACCCUCAGAAACCAGCCACACCCACUUCACCAGAACCCUGUGGGAAUGGGUUUUACUCGACCUCAUGCUUUCAACUUUGGUCCACAUGAUAACACAGGUUUUGGAAAUCAGCCAUGUUAUAACAGUGGUCAAAUGAAUCAAAAUGUCCAUAUGCCCAGUCAACACUUCAGACCAAAUCCUGGUGAGAACUUUGGUCACAUUCCUCCACAAAAUACUAGUCAAAUACCACACCCUGACAUGACAUCUAACUUUGGACCUGCAAGCAAUUCACAUUUUAAUUCCCAGUUAGAAUCAAACCAUUCUUUUGUUCCACCACCCAAGACCUACAAUCAGACAAAAACAUCAGCACAAAAGCAAGACUUCAGUCAAGGUGCAAGCAAAACUUCCAACCAGAACACCGCUACACAUCAGCAUCACCACAGAACAGAUGACAUCGUGAACCAAGGUAGUGCUGACUUAAAAAACGUUAAUCGAAACAGUGUAGUAAAUCAAGAGAGCAACCAUUCUCAUAAUGCAGAUAACACUAACAGUAGUCAUGCUAAUGGGACUCAGAGCAAGUCCCGUCAACCUAGAGUUACAGCUGAAGGAUGCAACUCUGAAAAGAGCAGCAAAACAUCUCUCCACCUCAGUCGUCAUGGUCAUUCAUCCUCUGAGCCAGUCUAUCCAUGUGGAAUUUGUACACAUGAAGUUAAUGAUGACCAGGAUGCCAUCUUGUGUGAAGCUUCUUGUCAAAAAUGGUUUCAUCGGAUCUGUACGGGCAUGACUGAGUCUGCUUAUGGCCUCCUCACUGCAGAAGCAUCAGCAGUAUGGGGCUGUGAUACUUGCAUGGCUGAAAAGGAUGUCCAGCUGAUGCGUACUAGGGAGACUGCAGGGCCACCUGCAUUGAAUACUGAUGGAUGAUGACAUCCACUGAUGCAGUAUUGAAAUACAUACUACAGAGGUAUUGCUCUUAAUGGUAUACAUCAUUUUCUAUAGACAAUCAAGGUUGGUUUGGGUUUUUGUUUUGUUUUUUUGCUUUUAGUCUAUCUUCACUCAUGAAAUUCCAUCUGUUUCUGUGUUCUUUGUUUUAUGCCUGUUUAUGUGAAUAUUUAAACUUUGAUCAGAAACACAGACAACAUUUGAAGAUCCAAAAUAUGUCUGGUAUUUGUUUGAUCACAAGCAAGUUUUCCAUUAAAAAAUGAAUUACUGGAAUUAUUGAUGUCAGAACAUCUGCCUCGAUGAAUACAGGCUGUUAGCUAGUGCUGAGCCUUGAUGGUACUAUAUAUUGGAAGCAUUCAUUAUUGUUAUGUUUUAUGAAUGUCCAUUACUGUUUUGCUCAUGUCAAUGCUAUCUGUCCUAUGGGUAGGAGAAAAGGUGGAGGAGGUGACAUGGAG